AUGGAUAAUUGUCUUGAAGAGGUAUUAGUCGGGCCGUUGCCAAGCGAUAAUAAUCUGACGAUUGAGGAAGCCUGGCCCCAACUUGAGGAUCUACUGCCAAUUAUUCCACAAGAACGGCAUGAAAAGAUGAAGACGAUUACUUUGGAUGUGUAUAAACCGGAUCGUUUGAUUUUUACCCUCACUCAAUCUGGUGAAUUAUCGAGCAAGGAAUAUUGGCGCAACAUUAACAGGUCGCGGUACAAGUUCCGAAGCAUUUUGGCUCCCUUUUCCAAGUCCAAGAUCGGUUUGAGUCGGCCAAACAUGCAUUGUGCGUUUGGGUCCCACGGCAGUCGGAUCGCUCUUUAUGCGAUGAUUAGGAAUUCGACGAACUUUGUGGCUUUGCAUAGUCCCAGGACUCUCAUUUGCUUCUCGUUAUGCAUUCCUCUACUCCUCCGGAAGCAGCACAGCGUUGAGUACUGGAUGAUGGCGUCGCUUCUGCACGAGGGGAACGGUUCCGGGCUGACUCGGGAGGCCGUUCGAGUUACCGAUCCGGAUUCGGCGGAGGUUUUUUUCGUCCCGUUCUUUUCGUCGCUUAGUUUCAAUGUUCAUGUUCGGAAUAUGGCGGAGUUGAAUACCGUUGACGAGAAGUUGCAGCUAGAGAUGAUAAAUAUAUUAAAAGCAUCGGAUUAUUGGAAAAAGUCUGGAGGACGAGACCAUGUUAUUCCCAUGCACCAUCCAAAUGCUUUCAGACAUUACCGAGAUGAAGUUAACGCCUCCAUAUUCAUCGUUGCUGACUUUGGCCGAAUAAUGAACAUUUCCAAAUUGGCAAAAGACGUAGUUGCCCCUUACCCUCACAUGGUAGAGUCAUAUAUCGCUGAAGAAGAAAACCAUGUGGACCCUUACAAGUCUCGUCAGACGCUUCUUGUCUUCCGAGGGAGGACUAAGAGGAAAGAUGAGGGCAAAAUCCGUGCUCAGCUACAUAAAAUGUUAAAUGACACGAAAGAUGUCAUAUACGAGGAGGGUGCUGCAUCGGAAGAAGGCUUUAAAGCUUCUGCCGAACAAAUGCGUUCGUCAAAGUUCUGUCUCCAUCCAGCAGGCGACACUCCAUCAUCUUGUCGUCUGUUCGAUGCUAUAGUGAGCCACUGCAUACCCGUUAUCGUGAGCGACAGAUUAGAGCUACCGUUCGAGAGCGAAAUAGACUACAAAGAAUUCUCGAUGUUCUUCUCGGUGAACGAAGCACUUCAACCUGGCUACUUGAUCGACAAGCUGAGGGCAGUUUCGGAAGAUCAAUGGCUCAAAAUGUGGUCGCGAGUUAAAAGCAUUACCCACCAUUUCGAGUUCCAAUAUCCCCCGAAGGAUGAAGAUGCAGUCAAUAUGAUUUGGAGACAGGUGAAGCACAAGGUACCUGCGGUUAAGCUUGCUGUACACCGGAGUAGGAGGCUGAAAAUACCCGAUUGGUGGAGGUAAUAUACCGAUGUUUUUGUUACAGUGAGUUUAUACGUUUUUCUACGUUCGAUUCUUUUGGACAGCCCCUCUUAAAUUUGAAUAAGAUGCUAUAGAUAGUUACAGUGUACUGAAUUGUAUAGUUGAUAAACUCUCUCCUGCCAGGAGUUUUGUACUUUGUACAAUACAAGUAUAUAGAUUGAUGUUGUUGACAUUUAAA